CAAGUACGUGAAGACUGGUUGAUUAUUUUAAUGAUUACCUGCAUCUUAUUACCUUUAUGAUAGUGUUAUUUGCGGCCCAUAUCAAACCAUCUGUGAUUAAAACAUUCAAAACAUGAAGGAAAAUAUCUUAACAGUGAUAAUUUGUUGGAAAAUUAUUUUGGAAUCCAAUAUCUCGUAACAAACGAACUCAUCAUUAACCACAUUUUCAAUCAAUAUAAUUGGUUAAUACUUUCUCUGUUGUUAUCUUAAAAGUUGUUAUCUUUGAUCUCACCAAUCAUCUUUAACAGAUCUUCAUUUAAAGAAGAGAAAGAGAGAGAAAGAGAAAUCGAAAGAGAGGGAAAGUGACUCGUGAAGCUAUUGAUUAAAGAGAAAGAAAAAUGACUCCAGUUUUUGUUUUGCCAGUAACGAUGAAAUUGUUUAAGUGAACAGUUAGCAUAUUUUGCUGUUAAGCAAUUAAGAUUUGGAUUCAAUUGUGUAUAACAGUUACAAUAACUAAUCAACCCUUAAUGUAUUUUUGUGACCAUAACUCAAGAUGGCUUGAACAUCAAACGAUUACGAGUUGAAACUAUCUUCUGUUAACUUUUACUGUUUACUUUUUGUGCAACACAUUUUUACUCUUAACUAAAACUAUAUUAAUUUAAACUCAUCCGCUUAAUAUUUUUAUAAUAACAACUAAACUUCCGUUUCCGUGGUUUCUAUUGGAUUUUAUUUUCAAGUCAAAUUACAAUCAUCAGAAUGGCAUCAUCCGUUUGGGAAAAUUUACUUGUUGUUUUCUUGGGCUCCAUUCCCUUCCUUAUCAUGGUCAAAUGGUCAUGGUUUGGUGUUUUCUGUAUCAAAGUGCUUGCUGUAAUAAUUGAUUUUUUGGUCUUAACUCCUCAAAUAAUCUAUCAACAGCCAUGGGCUACCUGGUUGGCCACUCGAAGGAUAAGAGCUGUUCGAGAAGAUGAAAAUGAUCCUGAAUCACCGUUUGUAAGGAUUGGCGAUCCUCUUGAGUUUGACAGACAAGUCCUGGAGAGUCCUACCAUUGCUCAUUGGUUUGACACAAUGACUGCCAAAUUUGGCGAUUCCAAUUGUAUGGGUUCCCGUCCAGUGCUAUCCGAGUGUGAAGAAAAACAAGCAAAUGGAAAAAUCCUGAAGAAAUAUCUUCUCGCUGAUGAUUACUUUUUUAUCUCUUAUAAACAAGUUAAAGAUAAAGUCAAACAAAUAGGCGAUGGAUUAUCGUUGAACGGAGUCAAGGCGGGUGAUAAAGUAGUCCUUUUCUCUGAAACCCGAGAAGAAUGGCUUUUAUCUGCGUUUGCUAUCUGGAAACUUGGUGCCAUUACUGUUACAAUGUAUGCAAAUCUUGGUCUUGAUGGGAUACUUGCUAUUCUGGAGCAAACACAAGCAACUCACAUUGUUACCUCAGCUGAUAGUCUGGAUAAGCUGGCAAAAAUAGCUGAUAAACUCAAUUAUUUAACCACAAUCAUUUGUGCCAAAGGAGCAAACGGGAAAGAACCGACGCCAUUGCCUUCUCUUUCUAAAUUUAAAAUGAUUCCUUUCAAUCAACUUGUAAACAAAUAUGAUGCACCUGAAACUCGGCAAACUUUACCAUCACCUCAUGAUAUUGCAUGUAUCAUGUACACUUCUGGAUCAACUGGAAUUCCAAAGGGGGUUCAAAUUUCACAUGCAAACUUCAUGUCAGCAAUGCAAGCUUUAUUAACCUCAGCAGUUGGAAGCUACAAACAUAGUCAGCAUGAAGCCUAUUUGGCCUAUUUACCAUUGGCUCAUAUUUUUGAGAUGGGUGCUGAAGUAUUGAUGUUUUCCAUGGGAAUCCCGAUAUGUUAUUCUUCUCCAAUGACCAUGUUAGAUAGUUCAACGGCUAUUAAAAAAGGUUGUAAAGGUGAUAUCAGUGUUAUCAAGCCUACCAUUAUGCCUGCAGUGCCAUUGAUUUUAGAUAGAAUCAAGAAAACAAUUGAAGAUAAAUUGUCAACUUCUGAAUUUUUCAAAUAUCUCUUUGAAUUUGCCAUUGAAUAUAAAAAAUUUUGGGUUCUAUUUGGGUUUGAGACACCUUUCAUGGAUUACCUUGCAUUUUCAAAGGUCCGUCAACCAUUAGGUGGUAAUUUAAAGUUAAUAUUUGUUGGUGGAGCUCCUUUAUCCGUUGAAACUCAGCAAUUUAUUUCACUCACACUUGGUGUCAAACUACUGCAAGGUUAUGCUGCCACCGAAGGUACUGCGUGUGCUGCAUUGAUGGACAUGGAAGAUCGUUCCCUUGGUCGCUGUGGAGCUCCUCUUUUUGGUGCUAAACUUAAACUCAUCGAUUGGCCAGAAGGCGGUUACUCAAAUCACGAUCAACCCAAUCCUAGAGGUGAAUUGGUAAUUGGUGGACCUGCAAUUACAAUGGGUUAUUAUAUGAAUGAAGAGGAAACGGCCAAAGUAUAUUGGGUUGAUGAGGACGGGACACGUUGGUGGAGAUCAGGAGAUAUUGGUGAAGUAUUUGAAGACGGAACAAUCAAAAUUAUUGAUCGUAAAAAAGAUUUAAUCAAACUCCAACAUGGAGAAUACAUUUCACUUGGAAAGGUUGAAGCUGUUCUCAAGAAUUGUAACUUUGUUGAUAAUAUUUGUGUUUACGGAGACUCAUUUCACAGUUAUUUAAUUGCAUUUAUCUUACCUGAACGUAAUAGUCUGAAAAGAUUGGCUGAAAGUUUGGGUAAACAAGAUGUGCCAUUCAAUGAGCUCUGUAAUGAUCAGCAAAUUGUUAACUCUGUUCUGGAAACGUUAAGAGAGUUUGGUGAAAGUGCAAAUCUAUUGCGAUUUGAAAUACCAAAUAAAAUCAAAUUAUGUUCAGAGGAAUGGACUCCUGAUAAUGGUUUGGCGACAGCUGCCCUUAAAAUACGAAGACUUGAAAUUCAAAAAUUUUAUAAACAAUCAAUUGAAUCCCUUUAUGCAAAGUAGAUUUUUUGAAAAUGUUAUUUUUUAUCAAUUUGAUUGUUAAUAUACCAAAAAUAUACUUUUUACAAUUAUAUUUUAAAGAAGUCUAAAUAUUGAUGAAUAAUUUAGACUCAUAGUUAGAUUCAUCCAAAUAUUUUUCAUUAUUUCAAUUAUUUUUACCACUUGCAUGCAAUACAAAAUCAACUUACUUGUUAUCAAUUUGCUUUCAAUUACUUCAAGUGCAUUCUCAGUGUAUACAAUUUUCAUGUUACAAUAGAUCGUAAAAUAAAUUAUAAAUAAUCAA